UUUUGCUUUCAUACACACACCACCUGUUUGACAUGGUUAUAUCUGGAUGAUUGUGCUUGAUAAUAUAUUAAGAAAAGGAGUGUAAACCAUACCAGCAGAAAAUAUCUGACUCUUCAGGACCCAGCUCAGUGUUUGUGCAAAUCUCACUAAUAUUCAAGGAUAGAGACUUCUUUUUUGGUUCAAACUUUUUAUUGUGUAGUCAUCAUGACAGAUAUAAAUUUUAAGCGAUUGUCCAUUUUUAACAAUAUAAACAUGUAAAGAACAAUAAAACAAGCAUCAAGUACAAUCAAACAAAAACCAACAACCACACCAAAGAUGGAGACUUCUGAACUGGACACAGAUAAUGUGUCCCCAAACUCCAACAAUUGUAAACUCCAGGAAAAUAGAUCAGAAUUAGCAGGACCCAGCUGUAUCUCCAUGAGGAGCGAUAAUUCUAUGGAUCAUCCUCUUUGGUUUAAUGAUGGAAACUCUUCACACAGGAAACUUCUGGAAAAUAGAUCAGAAUCAACAGGACCCAGCUGUAUCUCCAUGAGGAGUGAUAAUUCUAUGGAUCAUCCUCUUUGGUUUAAAGAUGGAAACUCUUCACACAGGCAGGAUCCAGAGUCUGCUGCAGUAAAUCUAUUUAAAAAAAAGUUUCAAUUAAAUCUGUUUUUGAAUGGAGUGAUAAUAAAGCAGGAAAACCGAACACUCCUGAAUGAGAUCUACACAGAGCUCUACAUCACAGAGGGAGACAGUGGAGACUUCAAUAAAGAACAUGAGGUGAGACAGAUCGAGGCAGCAUCCAGGAGAACAACAACAGAGGAAACACCAAUCCAAUGCAAUGACAUCUUUAAUCCCUUAUCUGUACAAGACAAACCCAUCAGAACUGUGCUGACAAAGGGAGUCGCUGGCAUUGGAAAAACUGUCUCUGUGCAGAAGUUCAUUCUGGACUGGGCUGAAGGGAAAGCAAAUCAGGAUGUCCACCUCAUAUUUCCACUUCCUUUCAGAGAGCUGAAUUUGAUAAAGGACCAGGAACUAAGUCUGAUGGAGCUCCUUCAUGUCUGUUUUAAGGAAACAAAAGAAAUAGAAAUGUCCAGUUUGAAAAAGGUUCUGUUCAUUUUUGAUGGAUUGGACGAGUGUAAUUUUUCACUAGAUUUUCAGAACACAGUGAGAGUGUGUGAUGUAACUAAAUCAGCAUCAUUGUCUGGGCUGCUGAUAAACCUGAUCAAAGGGAAUCUGCUUCCCUCUGCUCUCAUCUGGAUCACCUCCCGACCUGCAGCAGCUGAUCAAAUCCCCUCUGAGUGUGUCCAUCGAGUCACAGAGGUACGAGGGUUCAAUGACCCACAGAAGGAGGAGUACUUCAGGAAGAAAAUCAGUGAUCAGAGCCUGGCCAAUAACAUCAUCACACACCUGAAGUCAUUAAGAAGCCUCUACAUCAUGUGCCACAUCCCAGUCUUCUGUUGGAUUUCAGCCACUGUUCUAGAGAGAAUGUUGUGUGAAGCAGAAGGUGGAAGGAUCCCCAAGACUCUGACUCAAAUGUACACACACUUCCUCAUCAUUCAGAUAAACAUCACAAGAAAAAAGUACGCAAAGAAGCAGAUGAGGAGUAAUGAGGAGAUGCUUCUUAAACUGGGACAACUGGCUUUUGAGCAGCUGAAGAAAGGCAACCUGAUCUUCUAUGAGGAAGACCUGAGAGAGUGUGGCAUUGAUGUGAGAGAAGCAGCAGUGUACUCAGGUGUGUGUACGCAGAUCUUCAGAGAGGAGUUUGGGCUUCACCAGAGUAAAGUGUACUGCUUUGUUCAUCUGACUGUUCAGGAAUACCUUGCAGCUCUGUAUGUGCACCUGAUGUUCACGAUGGAAAAAAGAAAUGUUCUUGAAUGGACUUGGUUCACUAAAUGUGACAUAAAAGGAAUUACAAUCUCAGAAGUACACAAGAGUGCUGUAGAUCAGGCCUUGCGAAUUCACACUGGACAACUGGAUAUUUUCCUUCGCUUUCUUCUGAGUCUCUCACUCGAGUCCAAUCAGAAUCUUUUACAGGCUUUAGUAACACAGACAGGAAGUAGCUCCCACAGCACAGAUGAAACAGUUCAGUACAUUAAGAAGAAGAUCAGUGAAGAUCUUCCUAUAGAGAAAUCCAUCAAUCUGUUCCACUGUCUGAUUGAACUGGAUGAUGAUUCUCUAUUGAAGGAAAUCCAACACUACCUGAAAUCUGAGAAACAAAGUGAACUCUCUUUAUCACAGUGGUCUGCUCUAGUGUUUGUGUUACUGACAUCAGCAGAGGAGCUGGAAGAAUUUGACUUGAAUAAAUAUCUCAGUGAUGAUAAGAUAACAGAAGCUGUUCUUUUGAGGGUGAUGCCAGUGAUUGCAGCAUCCAGAAAAGCAAUUAUAACAUGCAAUUUUCAUGAAGUGAAAAGUUGGUCCGCCCUGGUCUCUGCACUCAGCUCAGAAACUUCCAAUCUGAAAGAACUGCAUCUGACUGUGCAAAGACUGGAACUAGAUGAGAAUAACAUAGGAGACUUAGAAGUGAAGAAUCUUUUUGCUGGACUGAAGAAUCCUCACUGCAAAGUAAAAACACUGAGGUUGCGUCAGUGUGGUAUCUCAGAUGAAGGGUGUGCUGGUCUGACUUCAGCUCUGAGAUCAAACCCCUCACAUCUAAGGGAGCUAAAUCUUUCCUUUAAUAAUGUAGGAGACUCAGGAGUGAAGUGUCUCUGUGCUGUACUGGAGAAUCCUCACUGUAAACUGGAGACACUGAGUUUGUGGAAGUGUGGUGUCUCAGAUAAAGGCUGUGCUGCUCUGACUUCGGCUCUGAGAUCAAAUCCCUCACAUCUGAAAGACCUGGAUCUUUCUUAUAAUAAACUAGGAGACUCAGGAGUAAAAUAUCUCUCUUCUGUACUGGGGAUUCCUCAAUGUAGCUUGGAGACACUGUGGUUGUGUGAUUGUGGUGUGUCAGAUGAAGGCUGUGCUGCUCUGACUUCAGCCCUAAGCUUAAAAUGCUCACACCUGAAAGAAUUGGAUCUGCUUUUUAAUAAAAUAGGAGACUCAGGAAAGAAGAAGCUGUCUGUUCUUAAGGACAAAAUACGUACAAUGAGGGUGUGAUGAUCAUCCUUCCCAAAAGAAGAUUUCUUUUUAAAAAAUAAAACACAGUGACACCCUGUAGUUAAGUGCACUUAUGGAAAUAGUGAUAUAUUGCUAGAAUUGUAAUUCUAUGUAAUAACAGAAAAGUGAGGUGAUAAUCACAGCAAAUGGGCCAGUGCUCUUACAUUAAAUAAAUCUUGAGGUUAACUGGAGCAAACUGCUUCAUAGCAUACACUGCCCAGCCAAAAAACAAAUGUGCACACUCGUAAACAUUGGACCACCUUUUGCUUUGUUUGCUUUUGUUUAACUGUGGCAUAGUUUCAAUAAGCUUAUGCAAUGUCACAAUAUUUAUUUCAGUCCAGAGUCUUAUUAAUUUUUCUCUAAGUUCUUGUGUAGAUGAUGGGAGAGUCAGACCACAGCAUAAAGCCUUCUCCAGCACAUCUCACAUUUCACAGCAUUUCAGUGAUGUCCCAUCACUCGCAUUCAGGAUGCUUUUCCAACCACAUUUCUUUCUCAAAGAUGAUGGUUCAUCACUAUCCUUCCUGGUUACAUUUUUUGACCCAAUUGUACUACUUUCAGCAAUAUUCCUAGUUAUGUUGUUUGCUUGAUGCAGGCCAGAAAUUUGAAGCUUCUGAAACAGCAACAACAUCUUUGCCAUAACCACAGGAUAUGUCUUCUAACAUGGUUGUUUAAGAAAUGAGAAGCUAUUCAUUGCAUCACUCCCUCAUCUUCUAUACCACUUUAUCCUGUAUUCAGGGUCGCGGGGACCUGGAGCCUAUCCCAGGAGGCUUAGGGCACAAGGCAGGGUACACCCUGGACAGGGUGCCAAUCCAUCGCAGGGCACACAUACAUACUACAGGCAAUUUGGGAACGCCAAUUAGCCUAACCUGUAAAUAUUCGGACUUUGGAAGAAACCGGAGUACCCGGAGGAAACCCACCAAGCACGGGGAGAACAUGCAAACUACAUACACACAGAGAAGGGAAUCGAGCCUGGCCGGGAAUCAAACCCGAAUCCUGGAGGUGCAAGGCGACAGAGCUAACCACUACACCACCGUGCCACCCUCAUUGCAUCAGUUAGAGUUAAAUAACUUGCUGAACAAUAUUAAUCACUGCAGUAGUAAUUUAGUGGAGGGCUCUUAAUUAUUAGCUUAGUUAAGAAGUGACUUAUAUAUUUUUUAUAUGGUUUAUGAGACAUAAGAUUUGUUCAUGCUAUUAGUAUCUCUUUGGUAUUGUAAUAUUCCUUUCUUUUUUUUUUCAACUGUAUCAUAGUAUAUUAUCACUAAAUAAA